CUUAGUCUCGUGUGUGCGUCUGUUUCUCCCUUAAGAUUCGAUCUUUUGACUCAUAUGCAGUGUGUUGAAGUAAACAGAUGAUUCAAAUUCGAUUUCUAUGAUUUACCUGAUAAUCUUAUCUGAAUUACUGUCAACUGUUGUUAUAACAAGCAGUAAUCGACGUUUGGAAAUAAAACCAAACCAGUGGUUAGUGAGAAACGAAAGUGAGUCGUUCGUAUCGUUUAUACGAUCGUAAACUGAAAUAUCGUGGCUACAUUCCUGUCACGAUCAAGCUUCUGCGUCCUUAAGCAUGCUCGAGGAUCUAAAUAGCUGAACGAUUCGGAAACGAAAAUUGCCCACCGGGGCAAGUUCAGUCAUUAUAAUAAUUUAAUAUGACGUCUGGGAAUUUCGUCGAAAGAAAUCAAUGAGGUACUUAGAAAUUGAAAAAGAUAUUAAACAUCGGGCCAUAUUGAAAAAUACGAGAUAAAAAAUACGAAAAUAAUUGGACAAUCCCGAAAAAAAUCAUUCAAAAAUGAUUCUUUUCUUUGGUUAUUUCUUAUUGAUGCUAUGUUGCAUGGUACACGCAACUCCACUUUCGAAAAACGAAUCUAACAUCCUGCGGAUCGGAAGAACUCGAAAUGUGUCGUUGGUAACAGCCAAGACGGCAAAUUUGAAUAGCAAUGAUUUUGAAGUGGGAAAGCAUAGACAGAGUUCGUUAAUUGGAUUCAGCAAAAACAAUCCAGAACUUGAUUGGAAGAAAUACUUGAAGCUGUUCGACGAGAAAAAAGCGGAGCAUCAAGAUCUCGAUAUCGAUUUCAUGAAGGAGAAGCUCGAGAGGACAGCGAAUAGUAUCCAGUGGCUGACAGAUCUUUACGAUCCCCUCAAGUGGUCCAGAAUACCUGGUAAACUCGAGAACGAUUGCAGGAAGGAGCUGGAAUUCUUUCUGAAGUCUCUCAAGGAUGGAAAGCUAUGGGCUGCCAAGAUGUCGGACGCGAGUGGUCGUUACUCAUCGCAAUUUCAUUUUGGAAAUGGCUUCUGGCUUGGUUCGAGCACCCUCUGCAAAGAGUUGAAUACAACCGGUCGAGAAGUUCGCCAACAACUCGAUGACACACCACCCUAUCCGUUGAAAUUCCACGUAGCGAGGAUGUACUUGACAUUGCCAAAAGAACUCGAAUUUUCAACACGACAAGUAUUUUUGGGUCUUUGUCUGCCAGCUACGUGCAACCAAGCAUCUCUGACCUCGAUGUUAAGAGCGAACGCGGAUCGGGUCGAACGAGAAGGUAACUCAACGUAUCGAUCGGCUGGCCCGAAGAUUCACAUCGUUGAGGUGAAACCUGUGCCUUCCAGCAAUUACAAUCCCUGGCGCGAUCCCAAGUCGUACAUCCUUUCAGGCGUCGGAGGUGCAAUACUAAUCCUGAUGCUCUGCGCGACCAUCUACGAGUACAAAAUACAACCAAAUGUCAACGACGUGGAAUCGUCCAGCGUGUCGAAUAACAACGAGAGACUCAAGAAUUUUCCCAACAAAAAUCUAAACCAAGAGGCGAUCCAAGAGAACGGAGAGGAGCUGAUCGAGAAGGAGAAGAACUUGCAAAAAGAACUGCCCGAUCAUUCUAAAAAGGAAAGCAAGAAAGGUUUCUUGCUAAUGUGUCUGACAGCCUUCAAUCCCAUCGCGAACGGCAGCAAAAUUAUUAGCACCGAACCUGCCGCGAGAGAUAGUCUGACUUGUCUACAUGGGUUACGAGUGUUUUCGUUGGGAUGGGUGGUUAUGGUGCACACUUAUCUUCAAGUUUUCUCCAUAGCUGUGGCUUGUUAGUUACGAUUCUCUUCUAUCGAUCUUCUGGAAGCUUGAAAAACGAUAAAGGCACUUUUUGGAAGACAUGCUUCACCAAAUUUAUCAUUAUGAUCCUCUACAGGUUUAUCAGAUUGACACCGGCGUAUCUUUUUGUCCUGGGAAUAAACGAGAUCGCUAUCAAGUAUGUGUUAUCAAGGACAGUGUUCUCACCAGUGGUCAUCGAUCAUUUAACGUGUGAGAAGUUCUGGUGGAGAAACGCACUUUACAUCAACUCGCUAUAUCCUCGCACCGAGAUGUGUAUGCUGUGGAGCUGGUAUAUGGCGAAUGAUACGCAGUUUUACGUUCUCGGGAUACUUUUGCUUCUUUUAUCCAUCAAAUAUUUGAAGACCAUCAUCGUUGUGAUUUUCUUAUUGAUCGUCUCUUCGUGGUUUACUACCUUCUCCGUCGCUUACGCCAACGAUUAUAUUGCCAGGAUCCAAGAGCCAUUUGCGCUUUUCGACGAAUUAUACGAUAAACCUUGGCUGAGAGCUGGACCUUACUUCGUCGGCAUUAUUACUGGUUACAUUUUGUUCAAAACAAACUGCAAACUAAAAUUGCCUGUGAUCGUACGAAUGAUCGGCUGGGUGUUAUCAACUGCCAUAAUGUUCUCGGUAGUUUACGGUUUAUAUCCCGGAAAUUUAACCGUGCCGGUGAGUUCCGCGUAUGCCGCCUUAGGACAUACCGCCUGGGCGAUUGGUGUAUCCUUCAUCGUGAUUCAAUGCUGCACCGGGUACGCUAGAAUGAUCGACAGUCUGUUGUCACUCAGACUGAUAUAUCCGCUGUCGAGGUUGACUUACUGCGCGUAUUUGGUGCACCCUGUUAUUAUGGUACUCACUGUUAACAAAAUGGAUGGCCCGUUGCACCUUCACAACAACAUUGUGCUGAUUCUCUACUUCGGGAAUCUGGUUGCCUCUUACUUGAUAUCAUUCUGCAUUUCCAUCGCGUUCGAAGCACCCAUCGUCAAUCUGCUCAAGAUCGCUUUCAUAUCGAAGAGGAGGAUAAGUCAAAUUUAUAAUUUCAUCGGUACUUCAAAGAAGAAACACUUUCGCGAAGCCGUUUUCAUAAAGUAUAAAAUAAAGACAAAUGCAACGCUAAAGUUGUCAAGCAUGUUUCUUAUUAAAUAA